AUGGCAGAUGACCGACAGAUGUUCUACGAUUUUAUUGGUAAAAAGAAUGAACCCGCUGUAAUUUACUCAGAAUGCAUCACUGCGCACAGAGAAGACUUCUUGCUUAGAGAGAUUUGGAGCAGCAGGAGUGACUGGAGCUCGGUGCAGGCUGCAGUACAGCUCCUGGCGCUCCUGUUGCUGCUGAGCAGGAGCAACUCAGCUGUUCACAACGACGCCACAGAGUCAGUCAGUACUCAGCCGGUCCACCACACUGAAGACGAGCCAGCUAACGAGGACACAAACCAAGCGAGGAACGGCGGGAGACGGCUGGCUGACGCGGUGCGUAAUGGCCCAGACCAGAGCCAGGUGGGCUGCAGGGAGCUGAGAUCCACAAAGUACAUCUCUGAUGGCCAGUGCACCAGCGUCACCCCCAUUAAGGAGCUAGUGUGUGCUGGAGAAUGUCUACCAGCCCACCUGCUUCCCAACUGGAUCGGGGGUUACACUGGGAGAUACUGGAGCCGACGCGAUGCCCAGGAGUGGCGCUGUGUCAUCGACCGGACCAGGACCCAGCGGAUCCAGCUGCAGUGCCAGGACGGCACCUCCAGGACCUACAAGAUUACUGUGGUGACCUCCUGCAAGUGUAAGCGCUACUCCAGACAGCAGAAUGACUCAGGACACAAGGACACGUCCGUCCACAGCAGUACACAAAGGAAAAAUCAGAAGAAGGCUGGCCGCCCUGACGAGACAGUCGGGGGGCAGUCUGACUUUUAG